AUGCCUGUUCUCAGUCUCAGCGAGCUCAACAUUGUGUUGAGUGUUUUGGGCGCUUUCACUGUCCUAUAUGGAAUCAUCUCUGUAAAGCUCAAGCAGGCGUGGUAUCUUGGCGAAGCUCUCCCUGCCGUCGCUCUGGGCAUCGCCCUCGGACCCAUAGCCGCCAAGUUUAUUGAGAGUGAGAAAUGGGGUUCUGCAGAGGAGGGGCAGACCAAUGCCAUCACCCUGGGUGUUGCUCGUGUCAUGAUUGGCGUCCAACUGGUUAUUGCCGGUUACCAACUCCCGGCCAAGUACAACUGGACCCGAUGGAAGGAAAUGGCCCUGUGCCUGCUGCCCAUCAUGACGCUGAUGUGGCUCUUCACCACCGCCUGCAUCAUGGCCUCGGUUUCCAACUUGACGUUGCUCGCCGGCCUCGUCAUUGGAUCUUGCGUCACUUGCACUGACCCCAUCCUCUCCCAGGCCAUCGCCAAGGGACCCUUUGCUGACAAGUAUGUUGCUCGCCCUCUGCGCGAGAUCAUCUCGUCCGAGGCCGGUGCGAAUGACGGCUUUGGCUUCCCAUUCCUGAUGCUUGCCGUCUAUCUCAUCCGCCAUGCUGACAUUCCUGCCGCCGCUGGCGCUGCUGCUGAGGCUGUGCAUCACAACUUGGUCCGAUCGGAAGAGGUCGGGCGUCUGGGUGGUGGCGUUUACGAGGCCCUCAAGAACUGGCUCCUCGAGACAUGGCUCUACAUUGUGCUGCUGUCUGUUGUCUACGGAGCCGUCGUCGGCUACGGAGCCUGCAAAGCCAUCCGCUUCGCACUCAGGAGGAAGUGGAUCGACAACGAGUCCUACGUUUUGUUCCCCGCCGCCCUGGGCCUCUUCAUCGUCGGCACCUGUGGCGCCAUUGGCACUGACGACCUUUUGGCCUGCUUCGUCGCUGGCAACGCUCUAAACUGGGACGGCGAAUACCUCCGGGAGACGGAGGAGCGACACGACGAAGUCAACUCAUGCAUCGAUGUGCUGCUCAACUUUGGCGGCUUCAUGUACAUCGGAUCCAUCAUGCCAUGGUCUCAGUUCCACGACCCCGAGGGAACCGGCUUGACUCUGGGCCGUCUCUUCCUGUUGGGCUUCCUGGUCCUCGUGUUCCGCCGCAUUCCCGCCAUUCUGAUGACUUACAAGCUGAUGCCGUCCGUUUGCACAAACUACAAAGAGGCCCUCUUCAUGGGCUAUUUCGGUCCUAUCGGUGCCGGCGCUGUCUUCUACGUCGAGCACGCCCGCCACCAGUUCCCCGAACUCGGUGAGGGUGAUGAAGAGGAGACCAACUUGGUCACCCUCAUGGGUCCCAUCGUCUACUUUCUCGUUCUCUUCUCCAUUGUUGUACACGGACUCUCCAUUCCCGCACUGAGCAUCAUCUACUCGUACAUGAACGUCAAGCCCAUCCAGGAAGACGGCGUCGAGAUUCGGCGUGUGUCGAUGCAGGCCCCGAGACCUGUCAACGCUGCUCAGACUGGCGACAAAACAUUCAUCGCUUUCAACCGCUUUAGCCAACCGGUGAUGCAAACGUUUGACUUGCCCAGAGACGAGUCCAUGGCUGUGAGCGACUCCAAAUCCCACAACUCCCGUUUUUCGCAUGAGUCGGACGAGCUAGAGACAGAGAAGAGGGAGAGGCGACGAACUAUCCGGUACAUGGUAUAG